AUGCCUGAUGUUCCAUUACACGAGGCACUUGGUGCAGGAUUACGUUGGUUAGGAGGAGGUAAAGGGAAAGCUCUUAAGAAUUUGAAAAUGGCUCACCUGGAGCCGGACUCAGUUGAGAGUAGUAUGGAAUUACACCAGAUGGCUCAAGCAAUGGGACUUGAGAGUGUCAGUAAAGACGAAAACAUCAAUAACUAUCCGAAUAAAUCUCGAAGACAUCCCGAGAAGGCCAAACAUGAUGCACCUCCAAAAACAUCUAUCCCGGUAGGUCCCUCUAGGAGUGGUACAACGAUAGAUUAUAGUAAGACGGAUGGGUAUCAAAGGUCGAUAUGGCAAAGAGACGGAGGCUAUUCGUCAUACUCUGACAAACUACCCGCUCAUGAUUCUCCUCGGGUAACUAUCGGAUAUGCGGAUAAUGGCUCUGAGUAUCCAAGUGUUGAGUUGGGAAUGAGUGGAAAACCUUGGGGUCGGCAGAGUCCUCUUGCACAUUCUGCUCCUGAAAAUUAUGUACGAUCGUAUAAGACAUCUGGAACUUCGCAGGUGGGGACUCUAAUAGGUUCUAAGAGGUUUCCUGCUGAGUUACUGACGUCGGCAAAUAAUCCCCCUGAGAAGGAAACUUGGGUGAUUGGAAGUAGAUGUGUGAGUAACAAUCAUCAGCACCAAAAUUACCAAGGCCAUUUACAAUACGAUCUACCAUCAUCGUUUCCAGCAAUUUUUGAUCCGGUACGAGAUGCUGUAGCACGAAAUCGUGUAGAUUCUGCUAUUCAUACAAAUUCUAAACCAGACGCCCCAUCCCGCGCUAUUCUCACAAGAAAACCCGUGUCAAAGUCAUCUUACCAACAAGCGCCGAUAGGAGAGGGAAUCGAAAACUCAAAUUCUCAUCAGAAAGAAGAACGAGCAAAGACUAAUCGUCGAAAUGAGGAAGAAACCCUUCAAGAACGAAGAGUAAGGAAGCUUAAGGACAUUCCACAAGGAAAUCAAAAACCACAUGAUAUCUACAUCGACGAAGCAUGCGCAGCGAAGAUUAAAAAAAGAAAUGAGGAGGAGAUUGUUCGAGAACGAAAAGGGAGGAAACUUAAGGAGAGUCGGAAGCCCCAUAAACUCUCCUCCCCAUCCUCAAACCCACGCGUUCCGUUCCUCGAGCUCCCACCACAAAGCCACUGCAAAUCCUUCCGGCCUCUUAAUACCGAGUUCACAAUUCCCACCUCACCCCAUGGCCAUCACACCCACAAACCAGCACACACACCCAACCAAACCAACACUCAAACCCAUGCUCUCCACGGCCACCACACCACCAAACACGCAGCACCUCCAGCUCACAACCGGGAUAAAAGCAACGCAUUUCCCACCCCAGCUCCCCCUAAAUUUCCAAUCAAGUAUCCGGCCGCAAGAGAACUAGACGGUACGAGUAUCUAUGUAGAGAUUAACCAUGAUUACCAUUCGCCUCGGGAACAUGUAUGUUUACCUGAGAUGGAUAUUGGAGAAACCACCCGGCCCCGAGGAAAAUUAGGAGAGCGGAUGGCUAUGGAUGUGGAUAUGGAUAUGGAUGGUCGAUCAGCGAGUACGGCGCGCUCGCGCAGAUAUGUUUUUGCUGAGAAGACGAAUUUGGUGUCGGGUAGUCGUCGGGUUUUGGGACCGGGUUGUGGAUUUAUUCGGGGAGAAGGAGAGGUACAGACUAGUGAUGGUAAGGUUGCAGUUGGUGUUGGAGGGGGGGAUUUAUAUGGGGAGAAUAUUAAUGUAUAUUCGAAUGGAGGGAUUGGGAGAGAGUUGGUGGGAACUGGGGAUGGGGAGAGAAGAGCACUAGUCAGAGAGGGAAAAAAGGCUCCGGAGAUUCAUGUGCGGAGUCCUACGCUCGUGCAAAAGGGUGCGGAUAUUCAUAUGAAUACCGAGAGGAAUUGGACGGAGAUGAAUGAAGAAAUCGACCAGUUGCCAGGACCAGAGUUGGGGCCUGGAACUGAACAUAUGCAUAUGGAUGCAAAGGAACGGAGAAAACAUAGACAUGCACAUAAGCAUAGACAUAAUACCCAUAAGAAAGUUAAAGAUGCAGUAGUCGACGCAGCGAGAUCUAUUUAG